GGCGGCGGCGGCAGAGGCAGAAAUUGGUCUGCAAAAUGAAGACCUACCUGGGCUAGAGGUUCUCUGUGAAUGUCAGCGUUUUAGUCCAUUACUGGAUCCUUUACGUCACUGUGUAUCAGCCCUGACUCUGCCAUGAGUGCCUCAUCCCUGCCCUUUGUGGUUGGAGGAAACACUGUGGAAGACCAGCGGGCUCGCUGGGAGAGAAAGCGUAGCAGGACAGCCAAAGAACUGCUGGAAACGGAACACAAAUACCUUGAGCAGCUGGAUUUGGUGCUCACAUACUUUGUGACAAUUUUAAAGGCCAAAGGAACGCUGAAACCUGCUGUGUUGGAAACUAUAUUUGGACCCCUGGAGUCAUUAUAUUCAGCCAGCCAUGUUCUGUCACUUCACCUGGAGAAAGGGAAUCUGGGACCAGGACUAGAAAAUUUUUGUCAGAGUCUGGAUCUUUAUGGCCACUAUGCUGAGAAUUGGGAGCAGGCAAAUAAAACUUUGAAGGAGCAAAUGAGGAAAAAUAAGUCAUUCCGGCAGUUUAAGAAACUCCAGGAGACUCGACCUCAGUUUCAAGGGAGGGAGCUAGAGGAUCUGCUCUCUUUGCCUCUGCAGAGGCUGCAUCAGUACAAACAUUUCUUCAGAGAUCUGCUGGAGAACACCAGCCCAGACACUGCUGAGCACCAGAAACUUGCAAAGACUGUGCAAUCUGUUAGUGAGGUAUCUCACUGGGUCCAAGACAUCUUCGAUAAGAGAGAGAACUCCUUGCAGUUACUUCGGGUUCAGAAGUUGCUCAAAGGACAAAAGACUCAGGUUUUGACUCCAGGGCGCUGGUAUAUCCGUGAAGGCUGGCUUUUGGUGGUGCCUUCAAAGGGAGAAGAGCUGAAGCGCAGGAUGUUCUUCCUGUUCUCUGAUAUCCUCAUUGCAGCGAAGCCCUGCCACCCACUGCACCCACUGAACUCCAAAAAACUGUCCUGCCAGGCUGUCUACCCGCUCCACCAGUGCUCAGUGGAUAAAGUGUUCGGCCACACGUGGAGCCAGGGAGGGCUUCUCAGUCUUUCCUUUCCAAAGAAGACACUGCUGUUGAUGUCCAGCAAUCAAAAAGAGAUCAAUGACUGGUACCGGAGUCUCACAGCUGCGGUCAGGCAGCUGAAAGUCUGACCCACCCGAGUACAGACUGGCAGGGCAACCACCUUCAUGGGAGAAGCUUCCACAAUCUUAUAAAAUGUUCAGCGACAUAUAGUAGCACUGAAUUGAGGACUACACAUCGUCUUUGUGAGAUGAUGAGCAGCUAUGUUAGCUGCCCUAAUAUGCAUACAGAUACUGCCAAAAAUGCAUUUGUAUAUAAAAUGAACAUGUAUCAAAGAUUUCCCCAAUUUAGCUUAGAAGCUUCUAGCUUUUUGUACUUUACUAAACUCAGAUUAUUAACUUAAGGUCAAGCAGAUGAGAGUGUGACUUGUUUCCCCUCAUUAAAUGUUUUUUAAAGGUGUUUUUGUAUUUUGUUAAAGCCUCAGCAUGGACUUCUAAUAAUGUGGAAGUUGUGCAGCAGUUUACUUCAGAAAACAUUUGAAUAUGAUCAACUGCAAAGAGAACAAUUUCAAGGUUAUUAGAAACAUAAAGUCUCUCUGAACACUGACCUCCUCUUAGCAGUUCAACUGUUUUUUCUUUUUCCUUAAGCAGUACCACCCAUCUUUAACUUCUCACUUGUGUUUAUUAAAACAGAACUGGUACUGUGUGAAAUAAGUGUCUUGAAGAGAGUAUAUAAUGAAGGUUCUUUGUCUUUCCAUACUAUUAGCUUGCUACACAGAGCCACUUAUUUAAAUCUCUUAAGAUUGUGAAACUUUGGAGCAACAAGGUUUAGGAAGCCACACUAGUUCCACAGUAUUUUGCCAAGAAAGGUUGGACCUAGUGUUCUUGAAGUUCUUUCCAUCUGGGUAUUCUAUCCUGUGACAUUAUGUUGGAGUUGGUUUUGUUUUGAGUUUUUUCACUUCAAAGUCACAGCUAGAACUUCCAAGUACUAGCUGUGCCUGAAAUUAAAGACGUAGCUAACAAUUUAAGAUUCUUAUUGCUCAGUAUUUAUAUCACUCUGAAAAAGUUCUGCUACUCCUUUUUUUUGUUCUAAUAGAGUAAUAUGAUGUCUUGCAAUCCUGCCUUUGAAGCUGGAGUGUCUGUCAAGCUCUUGCUAGAUUGUUAUGACUUGUGCCUAUGUUACCACCUUAUGACAAGUUUCUUUGGUUGUCUCUUUAUAGAACUUAGCUCAGUGUUACCAUCCUAUUUGCAUUCAGUGCUUUUUAAACAGCGAUAUCUUAUUUCUCACUAAACUUCCCACCCUGAAAUGCUGAACCCUGGCUCAUACCAAAACCAUUUUUCUAGAAUAAGCUACUAAUUUACAAGCACAGGCACUACGGUAAGUCAGAGGAGGUUUGUGUAGGAUAUUAGGAAGAAUUUGUUCACAGAAAGGGUGAAUAGACACGAAUGAGCUGUGUAGGAGGCGGUGGAGUCACAGUUCCUGGAGGUGUUAAAGAGUGGAUGUGGCACUUAGUGUCAUGGUCUGGUUGACAUGAUGGUAUUUGGUCUUAGGUUGGAUUUGGUAAC